AGCACCAAAGUCGACUAGCGUCCCGGUAAUUAAAUCUAACCAAAAAAAUCGUAUUACACGCGUCAUAGUGACACUGUGGUUAUUUUUUAUCAAAUAAAUAAGAUAUCUAAAUAAACUCCGAGGAAAAUGUCGUACAAGGGGCCUCAGAAAGUGCAAAAAGUGAUGGUGCAGCCCAUCAACCUGAUCUUCAGGUACCUGCAGAAUCGUUCCCGGGUCCAGGUGUGGCUCUUUGAGAACAUUAACCUCAGAAUAGAAGGACACAUUGUCGGUUUCGACGAGUACAUGAACCUGGUGCUGGACGACGCCGAGGAGUACUACACCAAGACCAAGACCAGGAAAACACUCGGCAGGAUUAUGCUCAAAGGAGACAAUAUAACUCUCAUACAAAACACAAAUCCCAAUGGAAAUUAGUAUCCAGUUCUCCAGUACACAAAUAUUUAUAUUUAUUAUCUCCAUCACCAUCAACAUCUAGCUCAAGAUAAUAAAUUAAACAUCUUGUGAAAAGACAAUUUAAUUUAAUUUAACUAAUUAAAUAUAUUAAGUAAAUAAUUAUAAGCAGUAAAUUUGUAAAUGAGUUUUGAAACCUAACUUUUGAUCACUUCAAUAAAAACCUAAAUGUUGUUAUAAAAAUUAAUUAUCAUGGCAAUUAAAUCGAUAA